AUGCAGAAGAUAAAAUCUCUCAUGACUCGCCAGGGUCUAAAAAGCCCUCAGGAGAGCAUAACAGACCUCAGUCCUGUGGAGAACUUGAGGAUCCCAAGCGAGGAGGAGUUGCGGGAACUAAGGGAGCAACCCGUUGACCCCCAGGCCGAGCAGGAGAUCAUCGACGGUAUUGAGGAAGUCUACUUCUCAGAUGACUCUUUUGACAUGGUGCAGCAUGAACUCGAGAAACUCCCGACUGAGUUGAAGCUGCUGGAGUUGGAAGAGUGCCGAGACAAACUGAAGAGACAACAGGCAGCUGUUUCUAGAAAGGUUGCAGAUCUCAUUUUGGAAAAACAGCCUGCUUAUGUCAAGGAACUGGAGAGAGUGACGGCGUUGCAGACCAACCUACAACUAGCCGCUGUCAUUUGCACUAAUGCAAGAAGGCAACUGAGUGUGUCAAAAGAGGGAUUCACAGAAGCAUGCUUGGGAUUAUUAGCCAAUCAGAGAAAGCGGCAGCUCCUAACAGGCCUGCUCAAGUCUCUAAGGACCAUCAAGACGCUGCAAAGAACAGAUGUACGACUCAGCGAAAUGCUCGAGGAGGAAGACUAUCCCGGUGCUAUUCAACUUUGUCUGGAAUGUCAGAAGGCUGCCAGCACAUUCAAACACUAUAGCUGCAUCAGUGAAUUGAAUUCCAAACUUCAAGACACUCUGGAGCAAAUAGAGGAGCAGCUUGACGUUGCCCUGUCAAAGACUUGCAAACACUUUGAUGUUUCACACUAUACUAAGGUCCAGCUGGCCUACACGCUGCUGGGGAAGACCCAGACUGCCAUGGACCAGCUGCACAUGCACUUCACCCAAGCAAUUCACAACACAGUCUUCCAAGUGGUGCUGGGAUACGUCGAGCUCUGUGCUGGCAACGCCGAUACCAAGUUUCAGAAAAUGCAAUAUAAAGAUCUAUGUACGCAUAUCACACUGGACAGCUACAUUCCGUGUUUGACUGAUUUAUGCAAAGCAUUAUGGGAGGUGAUGCUGAGCUACCACCGCACCAUGCGCUGGCACGAAGAGCACGACAAGCAGGCGACUACGCCCACUCCAGAGGAUGCGACGCAAGCAGAAUCAGAUGAGUUGGUGAUAGACCGCGGCUACGUAAAGAAGAAGCUGGAGCACGGACUGACACGGAUCUGGCAGGAUGUCCAGUUAAAAGUGAAAGCCUACAUCCUGGGGACUGACAUGUCCAACUUUAAAUAUGAUGACUUCAUUGUGGUAUUGGAUGUCAUCAGCAGGCUGAUGCAGGUGGGUGAGGAAUUCUGUAACAGCAAGUCUGAGGUUCUGCAAGAGUCCAUUAAACGCCAAAGUGUCAACUACUUUAAAAACUAUCAUAGGGCACGGCUGGAGGAGCUGCGGAUGUUUCUGGAAAAUGAAACAUGGGAACUUUGCCCUGUCAAGUCGAACUUUAAUAUUUCACAGUUACAUGAGUUCAAGUUCAUGGACCAGUGUCGCUCCCCUUCGCUUUCCCCAAGCAGAAAGGACGAGUCCACCGCCAACCUUAUCCAAGAGGAGCUGUCAUUAUUCCAGCAAUAUCUGCAAGAGGGAAACCCCUUUGAGAUGCAUAUUGAGCAGAAAGAGGAAGAAACAGAGGAUGUGCUGGCAUCUGGGUACGAAUCUGACGAGCUGGAGAAGAGCGCUUAUCAGGACUACGACAGCGACAGCGACGUCCCCGAGGAGCUCAAGCAGGACUACGUGGACGAGCAGACGGGAGACGUCCCUCUUAAGAGUGUGUCUCGGGAGACUAUAAGAAGCAAGAAGCGGUCAGAUUACAACCUGAAUAAGACCAACGCCCCAAUCCUCACCAAUACAACUCUCAACGUCAUCCGGCUUGUCGGCAAAUACAUGCAGAUGAUGAGCAUUUUGAAGCCAAUAGCCUUCGAUGUCAUCCACUGCGUGUCGCAGCUUUUCGACUACUACCUCUACGCUGUUUACGCCUUCUUUGGAAGAAAUGACAUGUCUGUUCCAAGCCCAUCUUUGCCCACUCACAGUGGCAGAGAGUCGGGUACGGCCCGGCUGGUGGGCCCGGCUUGUUUGUAUGAAUCAUCAGGUCUGGGCCUUAUCAGCAGUAGACUGCGAACCACACUGAACCGGAUCCAGGAGAGCCUCAUUGACAUGGAGGCUAGCAAUGAAAAUGCAGGUAUGCACGGUCCUUCAGAAGACAAGAAGGAGAAAGUGCCGAGCCCCCACCUCAGCCAAAUGGUGGUCCUCACCAACAGUGGUACUCUUUAUGGGCUGGCACAGAGAGUGGUUGCCACGGAGUCUCUUGUGUUUUUGGCUGAGCAGUUUGAGUCGCUUCAGUCCCAUUUGGACACAAUGAUGCCUGCUGCCAAGAAACCCUUUUUGCAGCAAUUCUAUUCCCAGACUGUGUCUACAGCCAGUGAACUGCGGAAGCCCAUCUACUGGAUCGUGGCAGCCAAAGCCAUCGACUACGAGCAGAUGUUGCUCCUGAUGUCGGGCGUCAAAUGGGACAUUCGAGAGAUCAUGUCCCAGCAUAACAUAUAUGUGGAUGUCCUACUAAAGGAGUUUGAGAUGUUCAACGAGCGGCUUGCGGACGUCUCCAAACACGUGCGCAUCCCACUGCCUGUGUCCAAUGUCCUGUGGGAGCACUGCAUUCGCUUGGCCAACAGGACUCUUGUAGAAGGAUAUGCCAACGUGAAGAAAUGUAGCAACGAGGGCCGAGCGCUGAUGCAGCUGGACUUCCAACAAUUCUUGAUGAAGUUGGAGAAGCUGACUGACCUCCGGCCCAUUCCCGAUAAGGAGUUUGUGGAGACCUAUAUCAAGGCCUACUAUCUAACAGAGAACGAUAUGGAGCAGUUCAUCAAGAACCACAGGGAGUACUCCAUGAAGCAGCUAGCAAAUCUUGUCAACGUUUGUCUGGGCUCACACAUAAACAAGAAGGCCCGCCAGAAACUUCUGGCCGCCAUCGAUGACAUUGACAGACCCAAGAGAUAG